CAAAAAGAUUUCACUGAUUACUACUGAAGCAACAUAGCACUCACUACCAGGCUCGAUAUCUGCUUUCACAACACAUCUUCUUGGUUACCUCUAUCGAAGGCGCCUUCGUUUUCAAAACUAUAAGUCACAGUUUCCUUGCCUUCGCCCAAAUCCCCAAUCGCACAGCUAGGUAGUUUGCCUUGCCUGCGAGACCACAAUGGACCGAAAAAAAAUUGUCCACCGUUUGGACACUCCCUUUUCCGCUGUGCAAUGGCCACAAAUCAGCCAAGAGGAUCAGGACGCCAUCCUUGAACUCCUUUGUCAUCUCCUGUCUCCUUUAGGCCAAUACCGAAAAGCCUUCGUAACCCCAUCCAAGGGGAAGCGGAAGCGGAAGCUGGUCGAACAACAAGGAGAUGCCCAAACUUCUUUGGUGCCUCCCGCGCCAGCAAUAGCUGCCUAUGUUGAUGUGGGUCUUUCCACUAUUUCACGAAACUUGCAAGAUCUGUCAGCUGUCGCUGUCGGUGAGAAGGCGGAGGAAGCCAAAGGUGGCGAGCAUGACAGGAAAGUGUCAAGUGGCAGCAAGAAGGCUCCAUACAGCGUCAUUUUUGUGGCGCGCUCAGGCCAGUCCUCAGCGUUCAAUUGCCAUUUCCCCCAAAUGGUCGCAGUGGCCUCCAAGUCUCAGUCACCGGAGCAGAAGAUGAGGCUGGUUGGAUUUUCCAAAUCCUGCGAGGAAAGGCUAGCAACAGCUCUCGGUAUUCCGAGAGUGUCGAGCAUUGCUUUGAGAGCAGAUGCACCGCAAGGGAAUGGCCUUGUAGACUUUGUGAGGAAACAUGUGGCUCCCAUUGAGAUAGCCUGGCUUCAGGAGGCUGAUUCAGGAAAGUUCUUGGAGACGAACAUUGAGGCGGUUCCAACAAAAAUUGGAAGCAAGAAGACGAAGAGCUCCUAGUGGUGGGAGGCAAGACAAAUAACCAGAAGUCUGUUGAAGUCCGACCGGCAUGGCUUUCGGGAGACAUUUCUCUGGAUAUGUUGCUGGUUCGGCUCACUCUUACUGUGCUCUGCCUGGAUUUCGCGGUAGAAAUCCGCAUACCGCUUAGACGACUCGAGAACGGUCAGGCAGCUUCGAUACACCAGGCUCACCAAUAAAAUAUGGAGUGUUUGCUCAUUUGAGGCUCGA